GUAAUGCUGAAAAACCUGUGAUAAUUGUGCGAGCAGUUGCAGCAAUGGAGGAGCUGCUCAAAAUGGUUCAAGCUGGGGAACCCUUGUGGAUUCCACCAAUCAGAGAAAGGGGUAUUGAGUGGCUGAAUAAAUAUGAGUAUAUGCGUAGUUUUUCUGACAAAAUUGAAAUGAAACCCAUGGGAAUGAAAUCUGAGGCAUCGAAACAGUCUGCAGUUGUUUACAUGAAUCCUACCAAACUUGUGGAAAUCAUGAUGGACGUGAAGCAAUGGUCAAAUAUGUUUUCUGGUAUUGUUUCACGAGCAUCGACCGUUGAUGUUCUUUCAACUGGCGUGGCGGGAACUUAUAAUGGAGCCUUACAAGUGAUGACAGCUGAGUUUCAGCUUCCGUCCCCAUUAGUUUCUGCUAGAGAAUUCUACUUUUCAAGGUACUGCCGACAGAUUGAUAAUGUGACAUGGGCAGUGGCUGAUGUUUCCUUGGACAAUUCGGGUUCUGCCUCAUCAAAAUGUCGAAAAAGGCCAUCGGGCUGUUUGAUCCAAGCACUGCCUAAUGGUUUCUGCACAGUAACAUGGGUUGAACAUGUGGAAGCAGACGACAAAGCUGUUCAUUAUAUAUACAAACCAGUAGUCAACUCAGGUCUCGCAUUUGGUGCAACACGCUGGCUAACAACUCUACAUAGGCAAUGUGGACGCUUUUUUUGUGCCAUGGCAAACAAUGUCUUUCAAGCACCAAAUCUGACAGCGAAGAUAACUACUUAUGAAGGGAAGAAGAGUUUGUUGAAGUUGGCGGAGAGAAUGGUGUUGACCUAUUGCACUACUGCUGGAGUCUCAACUGCACACAUGUGGACUACUUAUUGUGAAAGCGCUCAUGGUACUGCAAGAAUCAUGACCAAGAAUAAUUUUUCUGAUCCAGGCACGCCUCCUGGUAUUGUAAUCAGCGGUGCAACUUCUUUCUGGAUUCCAGUUCCUCCUAAAAGGGUUUUUGACUUCCUCAGAGACCCACAAUUAAGAAGCAAGUGGGACAUCAUGUCCAAUGGUGGACUAGUGGAGGAAAAGUUACAUAUUGCUACUGGCCAUGGUCCUGCUAAUGCUGUCUCCUUGUUGCAAGUAUAUGACACAGAGUGCCAUGGCAAUGUGCAUAUCCUACAAGAGAGCUGUGCGGACCCUACUGUAUCAUAUGUGAUAUAUGCUCCAGUUAACAUUGAUUCCGUGAAUGUGGUCUUCUGUGGAGGUGAUCCCGGCAACGUUAGGAUACUGCCAUGUGGAUUUGCUAUACUUCCUGAUGGUCCUAGACCAAAUGCAGGAGGAAUUGUGGGGGUCGGGUCUGGUGGUUCCCUGCUCACUGUUGCAUUUCAGAUGCUAAAUGAUGCAAUUCCAACAAAAGGACUCGAACCUGGAGCGAUGCCACCUGUAAACUCCCUUAUCAAAUGCGUAAUAGAAAAUAUUAUAAGUGCACUACUGCCUAAUCAGAACGUUUGACAUGACUCAUGAGGGUCAUUCACAUAAGGUAUGGUUAUGAAUAUUACCCAGGUUGGGACAUAAUUUCCUGGUAGUUAUGAUGAAUGGAACAUCCAUAACUGAAUCAACUAUGAUGUAACAUCCUUUUUAAAUUUGAACAUGUACUUCAUAAUGGUCUGUGUUUCAUUAAAGAGUUCGUAUGCAUAAUGUUAGAGUAUCUACUUGAUGAUGCAUUACAUUAUUAUC